GCGGCACCGCACGAGGACGGAAGGACACCCGCCAUUGAAUCAGGUUCACAACGUGAACGAUACGUUGAAUCGCUAUCUGUGAAAUAAAAGGUGCAAGUGUUUAUUACAUACCUAACGCUGGUAUUUAGUUGGAAGAAUGGCGUACAGAGGACAAGGACAGAAGGUCCAGAAGGUUAUGGUUCAACCCAUUAACCUCAUUUUCAGGUACCUACAAAAUCGUUCACGGAUCCAGGUCUGGUUGUAUGAACAGGUGAACAUGCGGAUAGAAGGCUGCAUUAUUGGUUUCGAUGAGUACAUGAACCUGGUUCUAGAUGAUGCUGAGGAAGUCCACAUGAAGACUAAGAACAGAAAGCCACUGGGGCGGAUCAUGUUGAAAGGAGACAACAUUACCUUGCUGCAGAGUGUGUCCAACUAGUGUCAACGGAGACGACUACAAAUCUUACCUUUCCUAGAAUGAAAUAUUUUCUCUUUCUGUUUUUUUUUUUUUUUUUUUUACAAAUGCAAAGUAUGUUUGUGUUUAUUUGACAUGAAUAUUGUAAUGGUUUCUUUCUAUCACAUGGUUCCAUUUUGAGAAUAAAGUGUUUUGUUUUUUUUCUUACA